GGUUGACACCGUUGACACUGACAGUUAAUUAACCUUAAAAAAAGUUGUACAUAACCUUUGUUUUUUUUGAAAACUUAUUUAUUAAGAAGUCCUAUAUUUAAAAAUGCUACUGUAUAUUAAAUUAGCUAGGUCUUUAAUAAUACCUUUAAAUGUUAGCAAACGUAUGUUCUGCGCUGUUAAAAACAUAACACCCAUUUCUUUAGCAUAUAAUAAAAUAGAUGGAGAUCCAUCUUUGGCUCCUGUUAUAAUUGCUCACGGUUUAUUCGGUAAUAAAACGAAUUGGGCUACAAUAGCCAAAAAUUUGAAUGAGAAUACGAAAAGAACAACGAUCGCGGUUGACCUUAGAAAUCAUGGUGACAGUGAACAUUCAUCAGAACACACUUAUCCCCAUAUGGCAGAAGAUCUACGUUUUACAUUGACGCAAUUAAAUCUAAAUAAAUAUUCUCUUCUGGGCCAUUCUAUGGGGGGCAGGACUGUGAUGUUACUUGCAUUGAUGUAUCCAGAACUGAUAGAAAAAUUGGUUGUGGCUGAUAUUUCACCGGUUACAGUCAGCCCACAAUUAAGAUCAAUCGAUAAGAUAUUUAAAGCAAUGGAAAAGGUAGAAUUUCCUAAAAAGGUAACAAGGGCCGCUUGUAGACGAAUGGUUAUAGAGCAGUUGGGAAGAUAUAUAGACAGUGAAGACCUUAAGGCUUUUCUAGCUACAAAUAUAACUCCAAUGGCAGAUGGUUGGGCAAUUAAUGUUGCAGCAUUGAAAGAGAAUUAUGAGGAAAUUGCUGGGUUUCCAAAGAUAGAUAACCAAUUUCACGGUCCCACAUUGUUCAUAGCAGGAGAUCUUUCUGAUUUUAUUCCUCUUGAUGAACAUGAUGGUAUUUACAAAAUAUUCCCGAAUGCUUCCAUUACCUACAUUAACGAUGCAGGACAUUGGCUACAUGCCGAUAAUCCUAAGGAGUUUGUACGUGUUACUACCGAAUUUUUGAAUAGUUAAUCAAGAAUAAUUUUUAGAAAACAAUAUUCUUAGAUUAUUUAUUAGUAGCUAAUUUAAUUAAUACUCAUUAUUAUAUACGUUUUUAUCAACAUUUUGAGUAAUACUUGUAAAUAGCGUCUUUAGCUUCAGAUAAUUAGAAGUGUAA